UCACUGAACUAUUGCUAAAUUUUCCCUUCUGCUCUCUAUUCAUCCUUUUAUGUCUAAUUCAUCAGACAGUUGUUCUAUAUAUAGAUAUACCGGAUGUAGUAUGUUCUCUUUUGAUAUAUAGUAUGUACUGUACAACAUACAUACAUAGCAAUUCCCUUUACCCCAGACACAAUCCACCCAACCACGUGCUAUUGUUGUUUUGUCUGUCGAUUUUGGUACGUGUUGAAAAAAAAAUUGCAAUAAAGCCUCUCACCGGCCGGCGGGACAUGAACAUUUUUGGUCAGGUGCAAUUUAUAUAAAACACAUGUCCCUCAUAUAGAUAAACACACGUCGGUGGAGAUAUGGGAGGUGGUUGGAGUGUGGCGUUACCUUCCCCACCACCAACGCUUCUUAAUAUAUACAUUAAAGCAGUAAUAAGCACUUUUCUCCAUCACCUCCAAUUUCACACACUAAGAGCGAGAGGCAAGGUGAGCGAGUGAGAUAGGUAGAGGCACGAGCAUAAGAGUCACAGACAUUUCGGUAAAAAUUCUCAGUUCAACAAAUUAGUCAGUCGUUCAGCCUUAGUCAGAAAUCACACGCUGGAGAGACGAGUUCAUUUUUUUUUAUGAAUAAAGUUCUGCCGGAUUGUGAAAUUUAGUGGAAAAGGAAUGAGUGUGCGAUAGAACCCCAGAAUUUUUUUCUCAAGUAGACAAUUCUAUUUUAUCACUCUGCCACUAAUUUGCGGGAACGUGAUUAUUCUUCUCGUUUAAAAAAAAAAAAGAAAGUUUUGCAUAGAGUGCAUAGGGUGGAAAGUUUUUCUAUUUGUGCCUUUUGGAAUUCUUUCAUUUUUUUUGCGUGUGUGCCACAAAACUUCCGGACUCAUUGCCACGGACACUUAAACUAUCCCCUUCCACCCACCGCCAAACUCUACAAAAGGGGGUUCUCUGUACAAGAUAAUUGCGGUGGAAUAAAAUCAUUUAUCACCCUCCCUGGGUGACCCCCUUAAUUUGAAGUCAUUUGUAUCCAAAGCACGCCAUCAUGUGGACGAGAGGUAUUCGUACGAGAAACGAUAAUAUUUCAGUCAUGACGCUGGAGGAGUCUCGCCGGACACAGAGGCCAUACCGCUAUGGGAUGAUCCUCCUUUGCUUUGGAGCUUUGGCAAAUUGGCUGGGACUCGCAGAAAAUUACUCAGACCCCAUCAGAUAUCUCGGCGUAGCUUGUAUCAUAGCUGGUGCCCUGCUAAUAUGUACAGCCAUGUGCUGCUGGCUCCAUACACCACCACGCACAGCGGAUGACGUGAGAAACUACCGUGAACUGGAAUUAUCUCCCUCGCAGCCAACUGACAGGACCUAUGUCUUCUUUUCUCUCUUACAGCACUCACCAGAUCCCUCCGUACACGUCAUCGGAGGCGUCUCGGAUGAGAAUCGACGCGAGAAGCCACCAGACUACGACACAGUGGCCAUUGCACCGCCAAGCUACGAUGAUGCCAUCAAGCUGACACCUGCUGUAUUCCUGCAUCCGCCACAAACCACGCAGACCCUAACGCAGACCGAACGUCCCAGCACACCAGAAGUGAACAGCACCACGCCUCCGGUUGCAUCGACGUCUGCAAACCAAGAGGUGGCCAUUACCAUACCGUCAGCAUCAGCAACGGACUCAGUCACGCGGUGAUUAAUGCCCUCUGGUGGCAGGAACGCAUGGCGGGAGUGUGUGGACACCAAAUAGCUACCCGUGGGACACGCAAGAAAACUCAUAUAACAAAAAAUUGUGCCUUGAAAAUCCGUCCCCAUCCAUCUCUGUGGUUAUAAUUUGGGAGAGAAACACCGUGUUGUACAGCAAGUGAUUAGAUCCACGGUGCCGAUACGAGGGUGGUAACAUGGUGUCUCAGUAUGGACUUUUUACGCCGCACGGACUCUAGAGUGCGCUUUAAUGGCCAUAUAAAUAAUAACUUUACUACUUAAUUGUCUCAGCGGUGCUGAUCCCUUCCUAUUUAUAGACCAAAAGAAACGCUCUUGUACGUUUAAAGCUCAUCAAUACAAGUACUUAGCUCUUUCGUUUGUAUUUUUUAAAGACUUAAUCGCGGGAGAAAAAAAAAUAAGUGAGGUGACAGUGAUAACCAUCGACGGUGACUUAUGGCUAAGGAGGCUCAGUGCAAUAACGUACAAAUUAGUGCCUCUGGCACUAAAUCAACAAGUUGCUAACGAGUCCUCUAAAUAAUUUGUAAUUUGCAUUGGCUGGGGAAUGUUUUGUUUUGAAUUGAAUCUUGUAGGUUAUGAACAGCAAUGGCGGACGGCUUUAAGUUGUUUGUUUUUAGUUAAACUAAUUUUAUUCAGCUGAAGGACCUCUUUUAGUUGAUUAAAUUGAUUAACUAGUCUAUGAAACUUAAUAUUGUACUUUAAGGACUGAUUUAGGCAAAGAAAAAAGCACAUUAAUUAAGCAAAUUAAUUUUUUUCCUUCUUUUCAAACCACAAAAACAUUAGAUUUUGAUUGAAUCUGAUUUUUACACGAAGACUGUCGAUGAAAUACGAAUGAAAGAAACAUAAAAAAAUUAGCUGGAAUUCUAUGAAUUUAUAAAUAGAACAGAACACGUUGAAAGCAAGAAUACCUUUCAGAUUCCUUCAAAUUGUAAAAAUAUCCUAAUUUAUAACCUAAUUAUUUCAACGAAAUCGUAUAUUUCGCGAUUUUACAACAAAGACUAAACUUUAACACAUUCCGCAGAGUAAUUAGAAUUUAAACCACCUGUUACAGGUGAAAUAUAAUAAUUAGACAGGUUAUCUUUUGCAAGAUUUCCUUACUCAUAAUAAAAAAAGAAACUGUUGAAUGAUAAGUUUUAUUAUUUAAUUUUCACAAGGAGACCAAUUAGACUGGCAAUAUGAAUUCUUCUAAGCAUGGUAGCAUCUUUAUCAUUUCCGCCAUUCUUACUCAUGGAGUCGUUAUAUUUUUUUUAUCAGGCUAUAUUUCUUAGAAUUUACCUCGAUUGCACAACAAAGAAAAUCUCAGCAAAACCGUUCAUAUCCUCCACACAAUGGUUGUCACUUGUUUGCACCUCUUCUUCUCAAGUAUCUCACCUCAUCCGCUAAAAAGUUCAAUUUAUUUACGCGUAACAGCAAAGAAGAAUGACCUGGUCCGUAAACUCAUUAUCAGCCCACAACUUAUGUAUACUUAUUAAUACAAGUCUAUUGAUGAUGUGAUAAUUUAUUAUCAAUUCUGAUAAACAUAGCGCUAAGAGAUUGUAAAUAAAAAAAUAUUAUUUUACGUAAAA